AGUGACAACUCGGAGGAAGCGGGAACUCCACCAGCCUCUGUUUGAUUUGUCUCCACGCUGGAACAUCUACUGCUGGGAAAAAUUCAAAGCUUCACAUAUGGCGUGUGAGAAAGAAAUAUGGCAAAAGAUCGGAGAGGGCUUUGUCCAGGAAUAUUAUAACCAGUUUGACAAUACCAACAGGAUGGGACUUGGGAACCUAUAUGCUCCUGAGGCCUGUUUGACAUGGGAAGGAUCACCUUUUCAAGGAAGAGAAGCCAUCACUGGCAAGCUAGCAAACCUGCCUUUCAAGCGUAUUAAGCACAUUAUCACAGAACAAGACUUCCAACCAACAAUAGACAGUUGUAUCCUCAUCAUGGUGUUUGGACAGCUACAGGUAGAUGAUGAUCCACCAAUGGCCUUCCAUCAAGUGUUUAUGCUGAAGUCCCAAAACUGUGCGUGGGCGUGCACAAAUGAUGUGUUUCGGUUGGGAAUACACAACAUACCAGUGUAAAAAAAAAAUAAAUAUCUGGGUUUACUGGCUCACACACAUUGAGGUCCAGCUUUGAAUUUAUACUGUAGACAAAUUUGAAAACAGGGAAUUGUAUGUAAAGUUCCUCCAUGUUUACAACACAUCAUUAAGCAUGCUUUUUUUUUUUUUGUAGUAGAUAUGUCAUUUGCCAAAUCACAUUCCUAUCCAACUAAAGAAUUUAUGACUCUGGA